GGCGCGUGACAUCAGCAGCCGUCGUGAGGGGAUUGGAAUGCUACAAUGUAACAAUCGCAACUGGACGCUUCAGAUUAAAGCGCUGGAAUGUAACAUUGUAUCAUCGGCGUCGCGAAAGCGUUCUGAAUGUAACAAUGAAUAGAAACGCGUGUCUGUGAUGUUCUCGCGACCCACUUCAAACCAACAUCUGCGCGAUUGAAAAGGAUGAUUUAUCAUGUGAGAAUUCACGGAUUUGUGGGGAUUUAUCCGCUCGGGAAGUUUUUGACAGGGUCUUUCUGACCCACACACAUCACGUGGGAAAUUUCUCAGAUUUCUGGAUUUCAAGAGCACUUCUCCGAAAGUACUUUCUGAUGCUUCCCAUUGAUCCAGAGCAGCUCAGAUGGUCAUCAGACAGUAGUUUAGAUGCUGUCUAAUGUGAUCCAGGCACCGGAGAGGAGAGAGGUAGAUCCACAAAAAGGGGUUUAGUUUAAGUCGCCCACAUGCUCUGGAUUUGGGAUUGGAAUCAUAAGGUGGAAGUCGAGAGCAUCAAAUCCCUGCAGGUCUGUGGAAGAUGCUGUCCAGCAGGAGUUGAGACCUUCGGAUUCAUCAGCGAGCCGCUCCAUCUGGAUCUAAGGACACAUGCAGGCCAAAAAACGCUAUUUAAUUCUGUCCUCUGCGGGUGUGUGUCUCAUUCUCCUCUUUUACCUGCAGGGACCAGCUUCCAGAAGGAGUCCGAACCGAGGCGAUGACCCCCAUCCACACUGGCCCCCCUUCUCUGACCCUCUACGAGCUUUUAUUCCCUGGGAUCAGACCCAAACCGAGGACUACAAUGUCCGCACUUCUCCGAGACACAAAAGAGAUGACAACUCCGGAGCUUACAAGUGCAGAAUGGACUCGUGCUUCGACUUCUCCUUGUGCAAGAAGAACGGCUUCAAAGUCUACGUCUACCCUCAGCAGAAAGGUGAGAAGAUCUCAGAAAGCUACCAAAACAUCUUGUCCUCCAUCGAGGGCUCCAGGUUCUACACUUCGGACCCGGGACAGGCUUGCGUCUUCGUCCUGAACCUUGACACCCUGGACCGAGACCAGCUGUCGCCUCAGUACGUCCACAACCUCAAAACCAAGAUCCAGAACCUGAACCUGUGGAAUAACGGCCGCAACCACCUGAUCUUUAACCUGUACUCGGGCACAUGGCCGGAUUACACAGAGGAUCUGGGGUUUGAUAUCGGUCAGGCCAUGUUGGCCAAAGCCAGCAUCAGCACAGAGAACUUCAGACCCCAAUUUGACAUCUCCAUCCCCUUGUUCUCCAAAGAUCAUCCUCGGACCGGAGGAGAGAGGGGGUAUUUGAAAUACAACACCAUCCCCCCGUUUAGGAAAUAUAUGCUGGUUUUUAAAGGCAAACGCUAUCUGACUGGGAUUGGAUCGGACACCAGGAAUGCGCUUUAUCACAUCCAUAAUGCUGAAGAUGUGGUUCUCCUCACCACCUGCAAACAUGGCAAAGACUGGCAGAAACAUAAAGAUGCUCGCUGCGACAAGGACAACGCCGAAUAUGACAGGUACGACUAUAAAGAAAUGCUGCAUAACUCCACAUUUUGUCUCGUGCCUAGAGGACGCCGCCUGGGCUCUUUCCGUUUCCUGGAGGCUCUGCAGGCCGCUUGUGUACCCGUCAUGCUCAGUAACGGCUGGGAGCUUCCCUUCUCGGAGAUCAUCGACUGGCGUACGGCUGCUGUCAUUGGGGACGAGAGACUUCUUCUACAGAUCCCAUCAACGGUUCGCUCCAUCCAUCAAGAUCGCAUCCUGUCUCUCCGCCAGCAGACGCAGUUCUUGUGGGAAGCGUACUUCUCUUCUGUGGAGAAAAUUGUGCUCACUACAUUGGAGAUCAUCCAGGACCGUGUAUUGCAGCACAACGGCCGCAGUACACUGAUGUGGAACCAGCUGCCAGGAGGGCUCUUCACCCUGCCACAAUACUCCUCCUAUCUGGGCGACUUCCCCUUCUUCUACGCCGUACUCGGUAUUAAACCACAACAGAAAUUCACAGCCGUCAUUCACGCAGUCACGCCUCUCGUAUCUCAGUCUCAACCGGUUUUCAAGUUGCUAGUGGCUGUGGCCAAAUCACAGUACUGUGCCCAGAUCAUUGUCCUGUGGAACUGUGACAAGCCUCUUCCCGCGAAGCACCGCUGGCCCGCCACCUCUGUUCCAGUCAUCGUAAUUGAGGGCGAGAGCAAGGUGAUGAGCAGCCGAUUCCUGCCCUAUGACACCAUGAGAACAGAUGCAGUGUUGAGUCUGGAUGAAGACACUGUGCUCUCGACCACAGAGGUGGAUUUUGCCUUUACUGUUUGGCAAAGUUUCCCAGAGAGGAUUGUGGGAUACCCUGCGCGGAGCCAUUUCUGGGACUCUAACAAGGAGCGUUGGGGCUACACCUCCAAGUGGACCAAUGACUACUCCAUGGUGCUGACCGGAGCUGCUUUCUACCACAGGUAUUAUAACUACUUGUACACACACUACCUGCCCGGCAGCUUGAAGACUAUGGUUGACCAGCUCUCAAACUGUGAAGACAUCCUCAUGAACUUCCUGGUGUCUGCUGUCACUAAGAUGCCGCCUAUCAAGGUCACUCAAAAGAAACAGUACAAGGAGACGAUGAUGGGACAGACAUCCCGGGCGUCUCGUUGGGCAGACCCUGACCACUUUGCCCAGCGGCAGACGUGCAUGAACAAAUUUGCCAGCUGGUUUGGCACGAUGCCCCUGGUCCAUUCGCAGAUGAGACUGGACCCCGUUCUGUUCAAGGACCAGGUAUCGAUACUGCGCAAGAAGUACAGAGACAUCGAGAGACUCUGACAAAGCUGAGAAACACCUUCCCUGUGAACGGGAUGGGAAACGGCAUCCGAAAACCCCUCAGAACCCUGUUAAACUGGAUCAACAGGGAUAAGCGGGGGGUCGGAGACCCUCAGGGAGGGAGCGCAUUGAGACGGGGGGGAGUGUUGUGUUUGAAGAAGAUCCGUCACUAACUACAAAUAUAUGGCUCGAUCGGAGAUCACGUUGACGGCAUUUGGAUGAGUUUAGCGCAACACAAAGACACAAAGCUUUCUGUCUUCCACACCCCCUCUUGUAAUGCUUUGCCAAUGACAGCGGUGACCAUGGCAACCGCGCCAAUGCCACACACACACACACACACACAGAUCCACAUGCACUCAGAAUAAGGACUAUUGCACAUCGGUUUAAACUCUGGAUCCAUGUUAGACGUGGGUUUUGCUGAGGCCGCCUGUAUAUUUAUUCAGUUCACCUUCCGCUACUCCGGCAAGCGUUACGCCCCUCUUGAAAAUGCAGGAUGACGUCCCGUGGAGAAGUCGAGCGUGCGAAACACCGCGCACAACGUCACAGUGCCUGAACUUUCAGAUGGACAAUCUGGGAGUCCAAAGGGGUUUUGUAUGAAUGCAUAAACACCUUGUUCAUGCUGCUUAUAUUUGGAUUCAGUUUAGGUGUUCCACAAAUUGGUUCAAAGUUUUUGUUUUUUUCUUUCUUUCUAUAUAAGCCUUUUUGUUUAUUUUGUCAAACUGACAGAAUUGUACUAUUUUUUUUUUUUUGAAGAUUUAUACUGUGUCCUAAGCAGACGCGAUGCGAUAAGAUUCCAGCGACAAGCAAUUUGUUUGUCCUCACAUACACGACUACGAGACGCGACAAAAUCCAUUAAAAUCACAGCCAGUCAGAAGAGUGUGUGGGCGGAGUCUCUCUGCAAGCGCACUGCACUCGCAACUAAAUCUACCAAAAAUCACAGCCAAUCAGAAGACUGUGUGGGCGGAGUCUCUCUGUAAGCGCACUGCACUCGCGACUAAAUAAAUCAAAAAAUCACAGCCAAUCAGAAGAGCAUGUGGGCGGAGUCUUUCUGCAAGCGCACUGCACUCGCAACUAAAUCUAUCAAAAAUCACAGCCAAUCAGAAGAGCAUGUGGGCGGAGUCUCUCUGCAAGCGCACUGCACUCGCAACUAAAUCUAUCAAAAAUCACAGCCAAUCAGAAGACUGUGUGGGCGGAGUCUCUCUGCAGGCGCACUGCACUCGCAACUAAAUAAAUCUAAAAUCACAGCCAAUCAGAAGAGCGUGUGGGCGGAGUCUCUGCAGGCGCACUACACUCGCGACUAAAUAAAUCAAAAAUCACAGCCAAUCAGAAGAGCGUGUGGGCGGAGUCUCUGCAGGCGCACUGCACUCGCGACUAAAUAAAUCAAAAAUCACAGCCAAUCAGAAGAGUGUGUGGGUGGAGUCUCUCUGCACUCACAACCAAAUCUAUCAAAAAUCACAGCCAAUCCGAAGGGAUUGUGGGUGGAGUCUCUCUGCAAGCGCACAGCACUUGCAACCAAAUGGAUAAGCACAUAAUCAAAUUCAUAAAUAUUACACCUUUUAAACAUUUAAAGAAACAAACUAAGUGACUGAAAUAAUCUUUGUCAUAGAAUACACUUGUUUGUUCACAAUUCCCUUUAAUUUAUCUUCAAGAUCAAUUAUUCUCCUUCGCUUUCAGUACGGCUAUAAAGGUCACACAAAAUGAUAUUCAAACUCAAAUUAAAUUAAUUUAACGUUAAAUAAAGCACAUAAUCAGUACCUGAGAUUAUCAUUGUCAGAUUGUAUGUUGUUGUUCCAGUGUGACGUCGCCGAAAUAGAAACCGUUUCUAAAAUAGAAUUGCUGCAAAUUGCGGCUGGUUAGGACAAAAUCUCUGAUUAACAUGGAAAAGAUACCUUUUAUCACACAUCGCGUCACGUCUGGUUAGGACACGGUGUUAAAUCCAAUGCCACAAACAGCUCUGUCAGGUUUUCUUACGAGUCUUACUAGUGUAAUGCCAUGUCAGCAGCCAUGUUCACACUGCAGCUAAUUCGGAUGUCACUCCACUUCUGACUGCUGAAUCUUCUGAGUUUGUUUAUUUGGAAGUGACAUGCGUUUUGCAUCUGAAAAGUGCAGACAGCCGCUUUUACAAAUUAAUCUGACUAGUAACUAGUUAUUAAUGCAGUGAUAUCACUUUUUUUGGAGACUGACUGCUUGUCUAAUAACAAACAUGGAGAUCAGUUUACGGUAAAAUUUGUGAAUGUUAGCACAUUGUUUGCGUUCUUUAAAACCCCAAACAUCCAUUUCUCUUGUCGUCAGUCAUGAGACGCCCAGUGUUGUUUCAGUGUUUUCGUGGUUAGUAUGUAUUUCUGGAAUCACACACUCAAUGACUCGAGAUAUUUAACACUAGUUUUGAAUUUACUCUCAAUGUAGAUGGAAGAAAAAAUCAAUGAAACACCUGAAAAUGCUUGAUUAGGAGAGAACGUCAUCCAUUCAGAGCUUUGGUUCGAGUUUUGAGAACGUCUUCCAUUGAUUUUUUUUUUUUUUUUUUUUUUUGUUAAGAAAGAACUGUUAACUCAUUAUCGCUCAUGUUCUUUUCCGACUGGAUGGAUUGAGCUGGUUAUCCCAGCGGAGUACUUUUGUCCAAAAAUCAUGGUCUUCAGUCAGGGUGGAUGACAUAUUUAAUGCUUUGUGAAUGAAAACGAGGCUGUGAGAGAGUCAAUAAAAAUACAUUUCUGCAAAAAAUGACGUGACAUUGCACCUAAAGACAUAACUGAACAAACUUAAAAUGAAAUAUGGCGUCUACCCUGACUAAUGUCCCUACAGUUACAAAAAACGUACCAUAUACAGUACAUUUGCAAGAACAUUUUCCCUAUUAAAGACAACAGUUGAAUGUUAAACUAUAGGGCUGAAAAAUGUGAUAGAAUUGUGUGAACUGGUGAUGAUUUUGCUUGAGGUCAGAAUUAUUAGGUAAAUAUGAGCAAAGCAGGCUGCGGAAAAUAAAUCUGCAUUAUUUAUCCUUUUGAUCUUUCAUUAAAAAAAAUCACAAAAAAAUAAAAUGUUUGUUUUUUAAAGAAUAUGCUCUAUUCUUUCUUUUGAUAUAUUGCAUGUUCAGAUAUUCUUAAAAAAUGUAAAUGGGAAUAUACUUCAGAGAUAUUUUUACUCAUGAGAAUUUCUAUGGGUGCCAAUAAUUGUGGCCGUGUAUAAGAGAAAAACAUUUAUUUUAUAAUGUGAUUUUCCCCCAUUUUCAAUUUUUGAUUACUUUAAUGAAAGGUUCGAUUUUUGUGAAUUUUUUUAAAAGAAAGAUCAAAAUAAUAAACAAUGCGUAUUUAUUUUCACAGCUCAUAUUUACCAAAGGGGCUAAUAAUUUAUUAAUUCUGACCUCAACUGUAUAUUUGCAUGGCGAUCAUCCGAUAGGACUGCUUUAUUUACGCAAGAGAGCGUUGAAACAUGGAAAUGUGAAAAUGCAGAACAGAAUGAGUCUCAGAUCAUUUAAGAUGAGGAAAAACGCAUUAUUUAGAAGUGUUGGUUGUUUACGGUUGCCACAUUAAUGUAGAAUUGUGUGCAUGAAUUGGGUGGAAACUGUGGCAAAAAGUUCUCCAAAUAAGAUAACGGUAUUUUUAGAAUAUGAUUCAGUCACGUGUUUCUUUUUGUCGUCUACAAACGAACGUGCCUUUUCUCAAGACACUUCUUGCGUUAUUUUAGCCUUCAACCGCACAAUCUCCUCUUCCUCUUCAGCACUGAUCAUACGUGGGCAAUCGCUUGAUUUAGUUUGUCUAACACUGGAGUUUUUCUGAUGGUCACAGUACUGACAUUCCUGCCUGUUCCGUAGGAAACGCAUCUUUCACUCGUGUUUGUAUGUGUAUUUAGCACACACGAGGAUUCAUUUUAUCUCAGUUUUGAUUCUUUGCUUCAUCCUUGGAUUCCUAUUUUACAGCAGUACAAACAAUACAAUGAAAGUUCAAAUUUUGUAAGAUAUAAAAAAUGCUUUUAUAAAAAAGAAAUAAAUGAUAUUUGAUACA